AAGAUCAGAGUUUAAAUGAUUAAGCGAAGUCAACGCUUCAAAUAUGUUGGUGAAUUGACUCAAACUAUGAUAUUUUUUUGUGAGUCAUUUACCUUACAAUGGGUCUUCAUAUAAAUUUGGUCUCACCAAAAAGACUAAUUUUAUCAAAGUUGAGUUAGAUGCCACUUUGGUCCAGAUUAUUUUUGUUCUGAGUCUGAAUGCGGCAAGAGAUGAAUAUCGACAAAUGCCAUUGUUGAUAUGGUUCAUCGGUUAUACUUGUGGCUAUACUGUAAAUCUCCUGUCCUCUAUUGGCGUAUUCACACUUUUGACCAAGAUCCACCGGAAACUACAUCCCUCGGUGCUGUAGAUGAAGAAGUUAACAUACAAGCUGUUGGGGAUGAAUACUCAAGCACAAGGUAUAAAACUCUUUUUUUUUUUUCUUUUGAGUUUAGCUAGCUAAAAACAAACAGAAAUUGUAAUUUAGAUGUAAUGCUGUUUUUAUUGGUUGUAGAAUCCAUAAAGUGAUGGAUUUUUUCAAGGUGGCGCUUGAAUUUUUCUUUAUUGGAUGGUUUUUUGGGGUAUCAUUGCCUGUUUAUACAUGUCUUCACACGGUAGUAGGAGUCAUUAGACUUGUUAUCAUGAUUAUCAAAUGUGCAUGCUUUUCGAGAUCAAAGGAUGUAGACUUUGAAAAGGAAGAUGAAGAUAUUGUGAGUAGUAAUUAUCAUAUCAUCAUAUAAAAUGCUCAAUUCAAAAUCAUAUCACCAAUUAGUGUUUUGGUUUGACUUGGCUGCUACGUUUGUCUGCAGAUUUGUUGCAUCUGCUUGGGAAAUUGCGGAGAUGAAAAAGAGGGGAAAUUACCAUGCUCGCACGUAUUUCAUUUUAAGUGUAUAAGGAAGUGGCUAAAAGUUAAACCCACAUGUCCUCUCUGUCAAACACAGUUCGACGUGUUUCCAACAUACUUGUCUACGAAUGAAAAUGUACGAGGCUGAUAGUUUCCUUUUUCGUUUUCUCACCAGUUGUUAACUCUGUAUCAGGAAUAAUUCAGAGAUGUCAAUACCGAGAAAUGUAGCAGCCUAGUAAUUAUUACUGGUAUUUUUGUGUUUUAUUUUAAAAGAUUAUAUAUAACUUAGCAUCAAAGAAUUUAAAUAAUUGACUUAGAGUUGGUCUUGAUGGAGUGUUGGUCUUAAAUUAAAUUGAUUAGAGAAGAAGUAGAAUGUUUUGAUAUAUGUUCUGGGUCUCAAGUGUAUGACAAGAAAUAAAACCAAAAGAGAUCAAUGGAGAGCCCUUUGUUGACCAAGAGUGAGUACAUCGUUGACACUACAAUAAUCAUCGGAAACUCUUCAACAGUCGAUGAUCAAACAUCACACGAGGUUAUUGAACUGAGUGAUCCAUAUGAAGCUGAACGUUUUUGGAACCCAAUCGAGUUUGUUGUAACUAUUGUCCAGAUUGCUGCAGCAUUAGUACUUCUGAUUCAGCCAAAAGACCAAGAACAUCCACAAACAAUAUUGUUUAUAUGGAUCAUCGGUUAUACUUGUGGCUGUAUUGCCACUCUCCCUGUCCUAUGUUGGCGUUUUUGGUAUUAUAAGCAAAGUGUUAGCUCAGAAUCUGCAGAAGAAUCCUCAGGAAGGACAAGAAUCAAUGAGGUGAUGGACACAUUCAAGAUGGUGCUUGAAUAUUUCUUCGUGAGUUGGUUUGUGGUGUUUGUAUGGAAUUAUAUGGUCAACCCAUCAUCUCUAGAUGAUACUACAACGCAAUUCUUCUGGUUAAUUACGGCUCUCCUUACAUUCAGUUUCAUCAGAUAUGUACUUGUGAAUCUAGCAUGUGCAGUGGUCUGUUACUUGUUGCCUGGGACCUUAUGUGUUCUCGCCGCUAGGGAAGUCCUGGAAAUCAUUAUGAGGCUUAUAGGUGCGUUCCUUGCGUGCAUCUGCCGUUAGAAAUGGUGGAUCAUAUUGUUUUCUUCUUUCUUUUGUUCAAUUAUUAUUGUAACUUUGAUUUGUAUUUUCAGUAACCAUCUUCUUCUGUGCCUUCUUACUGUUUCUUUGUUGGUCAGCGGACUUUUGGUUUUCAAAAAAAUAAUUUAGCAAGGUCAAUGCUUUGUGUUCCUCUAAAAAGACUAUUAUUACUAGUGGUAUUCCGGCGCUACGCGCCGGGUUCGUAUAUUUUUUUUCUUAAAUAAAUUUACAAUUAGAAUCUUAAUAGUAAACAAAAUAUGUCAGAUGUCAGGGAAGUUCCACAAACAUGUAAAUAAGAUUUCGAUAGAGAACACUACCCCCACCAAAAAACUACAAAGCUCGCAUUAACAACCAAAUGAAAACAAAAAAAAAGGAGAAAAAAACAAAUCGAUCUUACAAAAAAAAAUGUAAAU